CUCUGCUGCUGCCGCCUCCAUUGUGAGCCAGGAGCCCGCGCUGAUCAGCUGCCGCUACCCGGAGGGGUGUGUGCGGGGAGAGCCCUUCCCUAGCGCCCCUCUGUGCCCAGCCGGGGGCGACUUUCUCCGGCGGCUGGAACCAGCCCGUGGGGCAGCCCCGGGCUCUGCCGACACCAGCCCCUGAGCCGGAGCCUGCAGCUGUGAGUGACAAGAAGGAGAACAGUCUGAGAUGGAGGAACCAUACAAGAUGUCUCUGACAAGAUCCAAAGGCAAUGUUUCUGAGAGCCCCGAGCAGGAAAAAUCCCCUAGGAGUCCAGGCGAAUCAGAAGCACAGCAGCAAAACACUCCAGAGGAAAGUAAAUCUGCUCACAGUGGGCGAGGUGUGAGGAAGCGCAAAGGCACCAUCGUCCGCCGGAGAACAUUCAUGGGGGAGAGGCCCAACAUCUGCAUUGAGUGCGGGAAAAGCUUCCUUCAGAGCUCAGACCUUAUUAACCAUCGGCGAAUCCACACGGGGGAGAAACCUUAUAAAUGCAUUGACUGCGGGAAAAGCUUCAGCAUCAGCUCAAACCUCAUCCGACACCAGAGAACCCACACGGGAGAGAAACCCUAUAACUGCCCCGACUGUGGGAAAAACUUCACGGACAAGUCGACCCUGACCCAGCACCAGCGGGUCCAUACGGGUGAGAAGCCCUAUAAAUGCAUUGAUUGUGGGAAGAGCUUCAGCCGCAGCUCCCACCACAAGAGGCAUCUGAGGAGCCCUCCAGGGAAGAGGCAGAGCAAAUGCACCCACCGGGAAAGUACUGCUGUUGGGAAGGUCAAAGAAACCAAAGCAUCAAAGAAGAGAUCCUCGACCGUUGAGAUCUCCAACACUUGUGCUGAAUGCUGGCAAAGCUUCAGCCAGAACUCGGACCUGGUCAAACACAUGAGGAUCCACACAGGAGAGAAACCCUAUGAGUGUCCCGACUGCGGGAAAAGAUUCAAUGUCAGUUCAAACCUGAUCAGACACCAGAGGAUCCACACAGGAGAGAAACCCUACACGUGCUCUGACUGCGGGAAAAGCUUCACUGACAAAUCCACUCUGACCCAGCACUACCGGAUCCACACGGGAGAGAAACCCUAUAUAUGCACUUACUGCGGGAAAAGCUUUAGUCACAGCUCCCACCACAAAAGACAUGAAAAAAUCCACAAGGGAAGGAACUCGGUGUCCUUCCUGCCAUUGUGGCCCUACCCCACUCAAACGGAAGCAAAUACACUGAAGAUGUCACCCAGAAAAUCCAAGAGGACUCUGAGUCAGAGCCCUGAGCAGGAUAAACCCUGUGAGAGCCAGUGCAAGCCAGAGGAGCCAGAGGCCAUGGAGAAGAGACCAGUGAAACUCAUCCAAGGAAUUAAGAAGCGAAAGGAUUUUGUGGUGCACCAGGGAACCCAGACGGAGGAGAGCCCCAAUAUCUGCAUUGAGUGUGGGAAAAGCUUUACCCAGAACUCCAGCCUCAUCAACCAUCGUAGAACCCACACGGAUGAGAAGCCCUACAAAUGCCCUGACUGUGGGAAAUGUUUCGGCGUCAGCUCCAGCCUCAGCCGGCACCAACGCAUUCACACGGGCGAGAAGCCCUACGCCUGCCCUGACUGCGGGAAGAGCUUCAGUGACAAGUCCAACCUAACCCAGCACCAGCGUGUCCACACGGGUGAGAAGCCCUACAAGUGUAUUGACUGCGGGAAGAGCUUCAGCCGCAGCUCCCACAAGAAGAAGCACCUGCGGCACCUGAUGGGCAAGAGGCCAGGCAAGUGCUCAUCACCGCAACAGCGUGAGGGUGCUGUGGGGAAGGCCAAGGCCAGGAGGAAGGUGGAGGUGCUGAACACGUGCACCGAGUGCUGGCAGAGCUUCAGCCAGAAUGCUGAUCUCAUCAAGCACAUGAGGAUCCACACGGGCGAGAAGCCCUUCAAAUGUACUGACUGUGGGAAGAGCUUCAGCGUCAGCUCCAACCUCUUCCGGCACCAGCGCAUCCACACCGGGGAGAAACCCUACACAUGCUCUGACUGUGGGAAAAGCUUCACUGACAAGUCCACCCUGACCCAACACCAGCGCAUCCACACGGGCGAGAAACCCUACAUCUGCACCUUCUGUGGGAAGGGCUUCAGCCACAGCUCCCACCACAAGAGACAUGAGAAAAUCCACAAGGGCGAGAACCCUCUACUGACCUUCCCCACCCAGACAUUCUGAACAGCUGGACAUUUGAGGAUCAUGCAGGGAUCAGUGUGGGUUCCGCUGUGGGGAGCUGUCUGCAUGGUGGGUAUUUAUCUUCUGGAGAUUAGGAAUGGCCACAGAGAUUGCAUAGCUGUUCAGAACAGAAGGGACCAUUAGAUCAUCUAGUCUGACUUCCUGCUCAUCACAUGCCUGAGAAUCUCACCCAGUAACUCCUGCGUCCAGCCCAGUAACUUGUGGUUGACUGAGAAAGUAUGUCUUAGAAAGAGGAAUCCAAACUCGGUUUAAAUGCUCCAGGUUAUGGAGAAUCCACCACAGCCUUUGGGAUCUGUUCCCAGGGUUCACUACAAUCCCGUAAAAUUUUACCUCUUAUUUUCAGUUUGAACACUGUUGACUUCAGCUCCCAGCUACUGGAACUUUGCUAAAGUAAAGAGCCCUCUGGUAUCAGCAAUAUGAUCCUCAUGUAGAUACCUACAGACUGUGAUUAGAUCCCCCCCUUAAUCUACCCUUCAAUAGCUAGAGUUCUGUAAGUUUCCUUUCACUGUAAGGCAUGUUACAAAUCAUUCUGUGUAGCCCUUCUCUGAAUCCUCUCCAGUUUUGCAACAGCCUUUUUAAAGUGUGAACACCAGAACUAGACACAGCACUCCAGAAUGGUCUCUUGUCCAUAGGAUCAGAGCAAUUGUCCUUCUACUGCCAUCACCUGUCUCCAAAAGUGGCUAUUACCACUUCCCUCAAAGGAAGGUGUGAAACUCCCCUAAUGAAAAGUUUUCCAGUAGCCUAGUCAUGGGGGAAGCUGCUGCAUCUAUCCAGGAAUGGGUGGCUGGCUGGCUUCUGCUCUUUACAUAAGCACCCCUUAUAAAUGUUCCUCCUAGCCAUUGUAACUAGGGAUGGUAUUUCUGUCCUUCACAUCAAUGUCUAAUGUCAAUGCGACUGUUUGCCUCCAUACACCUUGUGGCAGAGAUUUCCACAGGUUAUUUAUGCAUUGUGUAGAAUAGCAUGUCUAUCAAUUUUAUAUUUUAUGUCUCUCAGGGCUGGUCCACACUAAGAAGCGGGGUCGAACUAGGGUACGCAAAUUCAGCUACGUGAAUAGCGUAGCUG